GUAUGAGAUUAUGCUGCAGUGUUGGCAUGCAGUACCCGCAGAGAGACCCACAUUCUCCCAGCUGUACCGUGACAUCACCACCAUGGUGGAGCAGAUAGAGCACAAGAUGGGCAACGUACAGCAGAACAUACAGUCUACUUACGUCAACAUCAGCGAGUGCAACCACUACCACUACAGGGAUGAGGUGGAUGGCAUGGGAAUAGGCGGUCCUAAGUCAGGGCGGAUUUUGUCAAACCAAAGUCAAGGGGGAGGAGAGGAGGAUGCAUUUAUAGACAGCCAUGUGCCGGAAACAACCCCAUUGAAAGUUUAG